AUCUGUGCUGCCCAUUUCGUUGAAAUGCCACGGACCGAUUUCCAGUAUGCCGAAGCUUGCAAUGAUCAAAUGAGUAAGUUGGAUUUGUUGGGCAUGCUGACUCCUAAGCAAAAAGAACUCAUUGAGGACACGUCAAGGAUUCUCCUCAUCGCCGGUGGAUCUGGUACGGGGAAGACCAUCAUUCUGAAAGAGAGAGUGAAGCGGCUUGCUAAGGAAGAACCUAACGCUGAAGUAUUAGUCGUGAACCUUCCUGGAGGACUUCUCACAGAAGAAUUCCAGCUCUCCUUUAAAGAUAAGGAUAAUAUCAAGGUGUUGGAUGGGAAAACGUGUACCAUCCCUGAAGAACGGCAGGGGAUAGUUAAUUUCCUUGAGAAGGAUGGAAAGGGAAAACAUGUUCUCUUCGACGAAGUUCCUCUAACUCUUGGAAUCCGAGACAAUAUGGAUGAAAAAAGCCUAUCUGAGGAUUGGGCGAAGAUCUUAAAUAUUCAGGGCUGUCUGAGUCUAACCUUUGCCUUUCGCCCGAACGAUGUCACUUACACAAAAGACAUCAACAUUCACGAUAUCAAGGUUGCAGGUUUCGCCUUGAAUGUCCUUGAUGUCGUGAAAAGAAAUACACAGCUGGUGUCAGAUUUGUUCUUGGCUCUUGGGGAUUAUUCUCGCCGAAUUUUUGUCUGCGAAGAACCUACAAUGCGUGGUAUGGAAUUUGACCACCGUGGAGGAAGAUUACUGCUCACCUUGUUACCAAUUGCCUCAUGCUCCAUACUUCAUGCUUCUUGCGAGAACAAGUUGAACUGUGACGCGGUCAGAAGCUCUACGGCUAUAUUUGUGAUUGAGGGAUCAGCUAAGAAACCACUGUAUGUGUGCGUGAGCAACAGGGAAAGACGCGAUCGGUUGAUACACACCUUGAAUCUCGCGUUUGACAUAGAAGUCAAGUUCAUAGAUUCCCUAGGAAGAUUUCGUGGAAAGGCUGAGUCUUCUAUCGUAGUUGUCACUGAUGAUCAGAUUCUUGGGUAUCACCCGAAUAGCGAAAUUGUCAUUCUGGACCUACACGAGUGCAAGUGGAGAAAUUAUGUCCGCAUGCUCUCCUCAUGUGAGAGCGAGGUUACCAUCGUCAUGGAUCAGGAGACCCUGCAAACGGGAAAAUAUAUGCCAGUCAGGAUCGGCAUUCCAGACUUGAAAACUGCUAACUCUUUGGUUGAAACGAAUAAGAAACUCAAGGAAACAUUUCAAGAGAAUUUUAAGAAAGUGUGCGAGAGAGAGCAGAAGAUAACGCAUUUGGACGAGAUAACAUUUUCCCGAACGAGCAUGCUUCUCUUUCAUCACGAGAGGAAAAAUGAGGGACGUUCAAAUUCAGAUAUUUCCCGGAGUACACCAAAAUUCACUGUAAUAUUUGGACCUCCCUCUUCAGGAAAGAGCAUGGCAUUGUUCGACAGCAUCCAGCAUCUUUGUCAAGAAAACCAGGAAAAUGAUCGCAUUCUCUUACUCCAUAUGAGAAGCGUCCUCAGUCACCAAGCCUCUCUAGAUCACCUUCAGAAGCAUAAGAAUUCGCUGGACAUUGUUCGCUCGGAGGCAUGGUCUCCCCAUGAUAUCCUCGAUAAUCAUCAAGUACAUGCCAUAAGGUGGAAGUAUCCAAAUUCAAUCAUUCAUGUGCAUGUCGAUGACUAUCGCAUCCAGUCCGAAAGCACGGAUGAAGAGAUUCAAAUGUGGAGAAAGUUCAGGAGCGACCUGAGUAAAGACCAGAAGCUGACGCUGACGAUAGCGUUUCAGUCCCACUCGAAAGCCGGCCGAGAGAUCUCCAUGACAGACCUGACUAUUUUUUUCAGAGAUCAAAAAGUAAAUGUUAUCACACUCCCAGAAAAAAAUACUAGAAUCAUUCCUUAUUGUACCAGCAACUGGCUUCUCAGUCAAAUCCAUAAGAAUGAGACCCACACCCCACUACGACUAGAAGUCCAAAGCCUUCCAACAGGCUCACGCCCUGGUGCCCUGGUCCUAGUUAAUGUGGAUGAUUCUUGGCUUUUGGAGAGCAUGUCCAGAGCGCGAACUGAUCUCUUCAUCAUUGAUUGCUUACCGAGCCAUACACAAGUAUGGCAAACAAUGCUGGACGAGGAGCGCUUAGAAAUCUAUCCAGUGACUGGAGAGGAAUAUAUCGACGAUGUCACCCUUCGCCAUCUAAAUUCAUGUGGAAAUUUCCUCGUGCCCAUCCGUUUGAUUCGAGAGGUUAGCGUGGGAACCAUUCAAGAAGUGGAAGGGAUUCUGGAGGUUUUGCACACAGUCAAGGUCCAGGCAAACGACUUGUCCAAGUCCAAGGUGUGCCAUCACUUCUCGGGAAUACGAACCCAGUUGGAGAUCUUCCGGUCGUUAGUCGACGGAUUCAAGAAGAAAUUUAAGGAGAGAAUUGUGCCCAUUUUGAACGCUAUUCGCGGCUGUGGCUCCGAGGAAAUUUCUCUCUCCCAAAUCGUGCAGCAAAUGAUAUCAUCCCCCUUCAACAAGGAGUAUCUCUCCAACUGGUUGAGAGGGAAAGAAGUGGAGAUAAGAACAUUGGAAAAGUACCUGGAAUUCUUUGAUGGAGUCUCCUUCGCCUUUGAUCCAGGGGAAUUUUGCAACGUUACCAAAGAUCUGAAGAUCACAUCCACCAUCUGUUUUGUUUUCGGAGUUGGUUCCAAAACUGAUGCCUAUUUGGAGCGAAUAUCUGCGUACUUGAAGGGAGAAGAAUUGGACAGCUCCUCUUUGGAGCGUGAAAUCCCACAAUUUUGGUUUGAUGAUGAAGAUAUCAUGCGGGCAUUGCAAGCCGAUACGAGUAAUUUCCUGAGUUUCUUCAAAGCCAACAAGUCAAAGAGUAACUUAACGUUCGUGGUGACAGAGAAGCAACUCCAAAAGACAUCUCACGACAUCUUCCUUUUCGAAAGCGGGGUCUUCAGACGUUUCGUUCCACCCGGAAUACCCGGAUCACCGAAGGCUCUCGAAGUCACUCAGGACACCAUCCAACUGUCCUGGGAAUCGCCCUGCUACGGAUUGGAAUUCGUGGAAGGAUAUCGGGUGUACUACCGUCCGCUCAUGGGCGAAGACGAAUGGUUUCAGCACGGCGUGGCCGAGAAGACUGCUACUGUCUCCGGACUUAUUCCCAAUCGGAAAUAUGUUUUUAAGGUCUCCAAGCACAGAGCAUUGCCAUCUAUGCAUGUGAAACGUUAUAUGGCAGCUGAACCAAGACUUUGCUUCCCCGAAAUCACCAUGAAGAAAAGUGGAGCGCAGGACUUCUAUUUCCGCGGGCUCCGGUCCCGCAUGACCUACGUGAUACACGCGAGAAAGUAUCCCAUUUUGUCCCGGGAGUGCGGUUGUGGAGGGAACGAGGAUGCAUAA